AUGUCCCCCUUCAACCUCGAAAAGUGUGCCCGCCCGAAUAUUCUGGCCCUCGAGCCUUAUCGCGACUACAAGGAUGACGGAACCAACGUCCUUCUCGACGCAAACGAGAACGCCUACGGCCCGUCGCUGGAGCCCAGCUUCGAGGCUGGAAACCUGGGCAUCGACUUCCUGGGCCUGAACCGCUACCCGGACCCUCACCAGCCGGAGCUCAAGCAGCUGCUCUGCAACCUCCGCAACACCCACACCCACACGACCAAGGACCUCGGCCCCGAGAACGUCUUCGUCGGCGUCGGUAGCGACGAGGCCAUCGACGCCCUGCUGAGAUGCUUCUGUGCCCCUGGCAAGGACCGCAUCCUCACCUGCCCCCCGACCUACGGCAUGUACUCCGUCUCGGCCCAGAUCAACGACGUGAGCAUCGUCAAGGUCCCUCUUAAGCCCGCUCCCGAGUUCGCCAUGGACACGGACGCCAUCCUCGACACCCUGAGCAAGGAAGAGAACAUCAAGCUUGUCUACCUCUGCACGCCGGGCAACCCCACCGGUUCGGUCUUAUCCAAGGACGACAUUCGCAGAGUGAUGGAGCACCCGACAUGGAACGGUGUCGUCGUGCUCGACGAGGCCUACAUCGACUUCGCCCCCGAAGGCAGCUCGCUGGCCGAAUGGGUCCUCGAGUGGCCCAACCUGGUCGUCAUGCAGACCCUCUCCAAGGCCUUCGGCAUGGCCGGCAUCCGCCUUGGUGCCGCCUUCACCUCGCCGCCGAUCGCGCGCCUCCUGAACGCCAUGAAGGCGCCGUACAACAUCUCGAGCCCCACGAGCGCGCUCGCGUGCUACGCCGUCUCCGACAAGGGCCUGGCCGUCAUGCGGGACAACCGCGCCAAGAUCCUCACGCAGCGGGACCGCAUCAUCGCGGAGCUGCCCAAGGUUCCGGGCGUCGGCAGGCUGAGGGGCGGCACGGAGAGCAACUUCUUGCUCUACGAGAUGCUGAACGUGGAGGGCAAGCCGGAUAACGUCACGGCGCUGGCGGUGUACGAGCGGCUGGCCGAGAACAAGGGCGUCGUCGUGAGGUUCCGCGGUAAGGAGCACGGCUGCUUGGGGUGCCUACGCAUCACGGUCGGUACGGAGGAGGAGGUUACACGAUUCCUUGCUUCUAUUGAAAAGACGCUGGCGGAGGUCCGUGGUGUCGGUAGGCAGCCGGACGAGGAGAAGAAGGAGCAGGCGGCGAACGGGGUGGUUGCUUGA